UCCUUUUCCUACAAAACAUAACAAAUCCAAAUUCCAAUAAUUACUUUUUCUUUAACUUUCCAAAAAUGGAAUCCAUUGGAUCUAGUUCCACCGCUUCCAACAACCACCACCACCACCCCCAUCGCCGCCAUUUGAUGCCAACACAACCACUCGCGGACAGAAUUAUCCGUGCAGUAAGCCACCAUCUCCGCCUCCUCCACCAUUAUGACACCACUUUCUUUAUCUUAGGUGCAACCGGUAAUGUAUACACUGUUAAUCUCUCCACCACCCCAUCAUGCAGUUGCCCUGAUCGAACCGCCCCAUGUAAACACAUACUAUUCGUGUUCAUCCGUGUAUUGGGUGUCUCAGUUGAUGACAUGUGUCUUCUCCGGCGAACUCUUAGGCCAUGCGAGCUCCAACGCCUUCUUAGCUUACCUAUAUCAACUGAAUCACUAGCAAACCCUAAUGUUCGAGAAAGGUUCCACCAGUUAUUUUUUCAAGAACGGUCAAAAAGUUCAGUUUUGAAAAUAGAGAUAGAGAAGGGUGUAACAUGUCCUAUAUGUUUGGAAGAAAUGAACAAGGAAGAAAGAGUGGGAAUUUGCGGUACUUGUAAGAAUCCAUUACAUGAAGAAUGUUUGAUGGCAUGGAAGAGAAGUAACAGAAGGAGAUCAAUGAAGUGUGUGAUAUGCAGAGCAAAAUGGAGGGAUUUGAGGGCUAAUUGUGAGCAACAAGACAAGUAUUUGAAUUUAUCUGCUUAUGAUGAUGACAUGCAAGUGGAAGAUAGGCAAAGUCAUUGUGGGAGUUAGCUAGGUCCCUUUCCAUAAUUAUUUUAGGGUUUCAUGAUCACUUGUAAUUAAUGUUUGUGUUAAUUAUAUAUAACUACAAAA